AUGGCUUCAGGAAAAGACACUUGUCCUGUCUUACCUAAACUUGUCAACAACUGUUCUGAUGAAAAUUCAUAUAAGCCUGCUACUAAGUAUAGUGAGGUUCAUUUGCCACGGUUUUCAUUUAAGCAAAGGCUGAUCCCGGGACGUUACGUUAUGCCUUGGAAAGAAAACAUGAAAUUCAGGAAUGUGAAUCUGAAGCAUGCGGAGGCGUGUGGGAUCUAUGCUGGCCCUUUAGAAGACUCUUUGUUUUUGAAUCACAGCGAAAGGCUUUGCCAUGGGGAAGACCGUAAAGUUGUCUUGAAGAAAGGCCCACCAGAAGCAAAAGUUGCAGACAUGCCUUUGCACUCUCCUCUCUCCAGAUACCAAAGCACGGUGAUUUCCCACGGCUACCGGAGGCGACUGGUCUGA